AUGGGCCCCGAGAAGGCGGAGGCCGUGCUGGAGACCAUCUGGGACCUCCCCGACAAGGUCAGCGACGCCAUCCACGCCCUCUCCUGCGCGCCGUCCGCCGCCGCGCCUCCGCCUCCGGAGACAAGCCCGCCGCCGGCCUCGUGCUGUGCAGAACGAGAUUUUGCGUUAGCAAGGUUGGAGCAGAGCCGCAUCAUGUUUGCAAUAAGACUAAAAGAGCAUCAUGGGAAAAAUCACGAUGUCAUAGAUGAGGCAUCCAACUUUGUCCGCAAUGUCUACCAGGAUGUUUGGCCUUCCCUGUCGGCUACCAAGCCUGAGAAGUGUGCUGACAGUUCCAGUAACACUGCAGAGGGUCCAAAUUUCUUUGCGCGGAUGGUAUCUUCUAGUCUUGCUAUUGCAGGGAGCAGUUUCAAUCUCAAAAGUUUGGGUGGUGCAUUAGGGAACAGUGCAGCUUUAGCAAUUGGCAUCGUCACAGUGCUGCAGUUGCGGUGGCUAGCUUCAGGGGCACACAGUCCAGGAGUUGGUAACUACAGCUACAGGAGGAUCAGUGAGAAGAACUCGUCAUCGCGGUUGGGAACAUCUCCAAGUUGCAGUAGAACGGCUCGGCUUGAUGUGUCACUAGCCAGGGGUUGA